CAGGCGAAAGCUAAGGACACGGCGCCAAAAGAUACCAGCGUCUCGGCGGACGGGUCUGAAAACACCCUCACGAAUUCGUCCGGCGACGAGAAGUACAAAGAACCUCCUUCCGAGGCGGCCCUGAGGCAGACGCUGGCCUAUUUGAACUACGUCAAGACUGGCACCAGGUUGAAGUUUCCCGAGAAUGACAUUCAGAUGAUAAAAUACCUGUCAACAUCCGAACCCACUUUAUUCCCGGUUGGGACUCCGUCUGCGCUGAGGCAAGCCGCGAAGAAGACAAAGGCCCAAAACUGGAGGUCAACGGCGCCGCCGUGGAACGAAAAGGGGAGUCACGCCAAGCUGAG